AUGGACGUUGCGUUCGAGGGAUACCAAGGCGCUAAGCUGUCCGGUCGAUGGCACACUUCGCCGACUGAGUGCCGCGGUAUCGCUGUUAUAACACAUCCGUAUGGCUUCCUCGGUGGGAGUCAAGAUGAGCCGAUCGUGCAGCUGCUGGUGGGGCACUACCUGACACAGGGCAUGCACGUCAUGACAUACAAUGCUCGGGGCGUACAGCCCUCGCAAGGUCGUGUAUCUUGGACGAUGCGGUCAGAGUGCGAAGACAUGCGCCUCGCAGUGGCGUAUGCGAUGGACCGCACGACGCCUGACACUCGGACGCCGUACGUGCAUGUCGCGGGCUACAGUGCGGGCUCCAUGCAGGCGUCCACCGUGCGCCCAGCCCUGACAGGCCCUUGGUCCCAUGCACACGUAUCAUAUCUCCUGCUGUCCUAUCCAUUAGGCGUGCGAUGGGCCCUUACCUGCCUACAAACGUCGUUCUUUGCCCACGCUCUGGACGAUCUCGUAGCACGUAUCUCUGACCGUGUUUCCGUCCAUGUCAUAUACUGCUCACGCGACCAGUUCACUUCAGCAGAGCGCUAUCGUGCUUGGGAGUCACAUCUACGCACACUCUCUCCGCAAUGUGUCGUCGACGCUGUGGAGACAGACCACAUGUGGUCUUCCCGCCGUGCGAGGGCUGUGCUGGUGGAGCUCCUCGAGCGCCAGUCUCCCACCAACCAGGUCCGUAGCUGA